GUCGCGCGGCGGUGGGGCGGCCGAGGGCCCCGCCAUGGUCCGUUCGCGGAGCUGCGGGCCGCCCGUGCGAGUGGACGGGCGCGCCUCGGCGCCGGCGCCUUCCAGGAGGCCGGCGCCACCAGCACCGACGCCGGCGGCGAAGCAGGGCGUCUACAGGUGCCUCAUCUGCGGCAGCACCUUCGGUCUCCAGAAGACCCUCAAGCUCCACCGGCGCAACGCGCACCCCGGCGUGGUGCACCCGGCCGCGGAGGCGUCUUCGUCGCUGGCCGCGGCUCACAGGCCCGCGGCGGUGCGCGGCUCGGCGAACACCCUGGGGCCCGCCCGUCCUGCGCCGUGGUCCCCGCCGCACUCGCCGACGCCGCAGGCCUCCCCUCCAGCGCCCUCGGCGCCCGCGCGGGCCGCGCCAGCCUCGCAGCCCGCGAGGCCCGCGAGUGCGGCGGCCGCGAAGGCCAAGGCCAGGACGAGCGAGUGCCCGCUGUGCUACAUGCGGAUCCCCGUCGGCGACGCGUACGAGGCACACGUGCAGGCCUGCUGCGCGCUCGCCGACGUGCAGGGGCGGGCGGCCUACGGCGGAGCCGCGGCCCGCGGCAGGCCGUCGGAGGCGUCCAGCGACGACUCGGCCGAGGAGCCGGAGGCCGUUGCGGAGCCCGCAGGCGCCGGCUUCGCUGGCGGCGGCCCCACGUCGGAGGUCCAAGAGGGCGAGGUGGAUCUCGUGCGGCUGGUGCGCGCUUCGUUCGUGCCCGACCGUAGCGAGGAGGGUACGGAGGUGCAGAUCACAGUGCAGGAAGGCGAGGUCGUUCGAGUCACGUGGCUGCAGCCGCGCGAGGAGGGUGGCUAUUGGGCCUACGUGGAGCAGCCGAAGGGCGCGCAGGGGUACGUGCCCGCCAGCUGCCUGCACGCCGCGCGCGAGGAUCCGGCAGAGGCUGGCACGGUGCCGGAGAGCUGGAUAGAGAGCUUCCUGCAGCUGGACCUGCCGCCGGAGCGCGCGGACCGCUUCUGGAGGACGUACAGCGACUUGCAGCGGCGGCUGGGCAUGAUGGAAGCGUGGCUCGCUGCUUUCUCCCAGGCCUGCGACAGCAUGCCCAGCGCGGGCAUCCUGGUGGAGCCUGCCGGCGGCGGCCCGGACGACGUGCGGGGAGGCUUCGGCCAGGCGUCCGCGGAGGCUCCCACGGGCCGCGAGCUACGGCGGUGGGCGGAGGAGGAGGCCGAGCGUCUGGCGCAGCAGGAGCACGCAGAGCGCCGCAGAGCGGCCCUCGAAGCGCGCCGAGCCCGCCAGGCGUUCCCCGGCGCCGGCGGCCCCGCCGCCCCCGCUGGAGCGGCGGGGUGCGCGAGGCCGAGCGGCGGCGCCGCAGCCUCGCGGCCCGCAGCGGCGUCAGCGUCGGCGGCUGGCAGCGCGGAGCCGCCGCGCGAGGAGACGGCCGCCGCCGCGGCGGCCGCGGCCGAGGCCGCGGUGGCCGAGGGCGAGCAGCCGUUUGGGCAUGAGCCCGUGCUGGUGGCCGCCCGCGACUUCGCCGCGGAGGGGGACAGCCAGGUUGGCCUGCGGGCUGGGGACCGGGUCCGCGUGGAGUGGGUCCAGCCGCAGGCGGAGGGCGGCUUCUGGGCCUACGGGGAGGUCGUGGGCGGCGGGGGCGGCCCCGUCGGCUACUUCCCGGCCGCGCACGUGCGCCCCGAGACGGCGGAGGAAGCGGCAGCCUCCCGCGCCGCGGCGCGCGCCUCCGCCGCGCGGGCGGCGACGCCGGCCGCGGCGGCCGCCCCCAGCGCGGCAGCGCCCUCGGCCGCGGCGGCCGCCGCGAAGGUCUCCGCGGAGGCCUCCGCGCCCGCGCCGCUCCACGCCGCGGGCGCGGCGGCGGUGCCGGCCGCCGCGGGCCACUCGUGGGCAGCCCGCGUGGGGGGGCAGCACAGAGGGUGGAGGCAGCGCCGCGCGGUGGGCAAGAGCAAGCAAGCUGUCGGCGCCAGCGCCGGGGACGCGGCGAGCGUAGCUGCCGGCGCUGGUCCUGACGGCGCGCCUGGCGCCGCCGACGCCGCCAGAGGCUGCGACGCAGCCGCCGGCGGCAGCCCGGAGAGCCUGGCGGCGAACGCGCGGCAGGCUGCGCUGAGGAAGCUUGCCGGCAUGCUCCAACGCUACUGCCGCGAGAGGUUGGACCCAGACGUGGUCUAUGAUAUCCUGAUCGCGUCGAAGAGUGUUGCGGAGAUGCGCGAGGAGGCCAAGAACAUCAUUGCCGACAACCAGGUGGUCGACAAUUUUGUGGCCGAGCUGUGGCGAAAGAGUUCAGAAAGAACAGGACACCGGCCUUGUCCAGCAUGA